AUGUCAACCACCCGUCUCGAGGAGGCAGCUGGCAAAUCGUCUGACCUAGUGGUUCAGAAACCCGUGAAAAAAAGAUGGGUCAGCUACAUUUGGGAUACAUUUGACAAGUCUCCAGAGGAGCGCAGAUUGCUCUUCAAGUUGGACUCGGCGAUAUUGACUUUCGCGUCACUGGGUUAUUUUAUUAAGUAUCUUGAUCAGACCAACAUCAAUAAUGCGUUUGUGUCGGGAAUGAAAGAGGAUUUGGGCCUAUAUGGCAAUCAACUCAAUUAUAUGCAGACGUGUUGGACUGUCGGCUAUGUUAUCGGCGAGAUCCCGAGUAACAUACUCCUGACGCGUAUCCGCCCUCGAUACUGGAUUCCAGCUGCGGAGCUUCUUUGGACGGUGCUCACCUUUUCGUUGUCAAGAUGUAACACUGCCACUCAGUUCUACGUCCUAAGAUUCUUCAUCGGUCUCGCCGAGAGCACCUUUUACCCCGGCAUGCAGUAUAUCAUCGGAUCCUGGUAUCGCAAAGACGAGCUUGCCAAACGAUCGUGUAUUUUUCACACGAGCAGCGGUAUUGCCAGCAUGUUCUCUGGAUAUCUUAUGGAUGCUGUUUAUCAACUAGGUGGUCGAGGGGGUUUCAAGGGGUGGCAAUGGCUCUUCCUAGUCGAUGGAAUCAUUUCUCUCCCGAUCGCUAUUAGUGGCUUCUUUCUGUUGCCAGAUGUGCCCGAAAUCUCCAGCCCAUGGUAUCUCAGCAAGGAUGUAGGUCGCUUGGAAGUUGCACUGGCGCAGACGCGGAUGAAAGAAGAAGGCAGAAAGGACAGAGGGCCGUAUAAUAAGGCAAAACUGAAGAAAAUCUUUUCUUCAUGGCACAUCUAUCUUCUUACACUACUUUACGUUCUCUUCAACAACGGUGCUGCCGGGGCUCAGCCGAUAUUCCAGCAGUUUUUGAAGGCCUCGAAAGACCCCAAAUACUCAGUCGGCCAGAUCAACGCAUAUCCUACAACAACCUAUGCUGUUCAAGUUGUCACUACGCUCGCUUAUGCCUGGUGUUCGGACUCUUUCCUGAAAGGAAAGCGUUGGCCACCAAUUAUCUUCGGUGCUAUGGUGAACAUUAUCAGUUAUGUCUCGUUAGCCGUUUGGGACAUCCCGGUCGGUUGGAAGUGGACUUGCUACAUUAUCUGUGGUUCUGGAUUUGGGCUAAGCGGCCUCCUGAUGGCCUGGGCCCAUGAGAUUUGCUCCGAGGACAACGAAGAGCGAUCUCUCGUGAUUGGCAGCAUGAACGAAAUGGCAUAUGUCCUCCAGGCGUGGCUCCCUUUGAUUGUGUGGCAGCAGGUGGAUGCGCCCGAAUAUCGCAAAGGUUUCAUCACGACCUCCUGCCUAUCGCUUCUUUUAAUCAUUGGCACUCUGGUCGUCCGAAAACUUGAUCUGAAGGAGCAGCGAGAGAAAGGUGAUAGGACGAAUCGCAUAGAUGGGACGGAAGACGACUUGUCGGACUCGCCGGCAGCGACACCGGUGGAUACAAAACUACCCAAAGCGCUAGGUGACAUUACACUGGACUGA